AUGGAAGUUGAUCCAUUCUCGAGGUUCCAUCAGAGCACUAACUUUCCAAACCAGAACAACCAGAACAACCAGAUUACGCAUAACUCAAGCUUACCUAUAGCACAUCCCCUUAGCGACAGUCAACCACAAGGUGCGUUCAAGAGACCUGCGAAUUCUCAAAGAACGUCGGACUACAGACGCCAGAGAAUUAACCAUUUGACGGAAGAAAGAAGCGAAGUGUAUGAAAAGCAGUACGAUCAAGCCGCUUAUGAUGCAGCGGCAGAAAUAGAAGCUGAAAAUGAAGCUGAAUAUGAAGAAGAUGCGCUUAAUUUUUUAGCGGAGAGUCCCUGCUCCCGUUCAUCCAACGAUAUCCCGGACAUUGCUGCCAGGCUAGAGAAAGCCCAACAAAAACAGCUGGAGCGGAGUAAUACCUACCGCCAAAAUAGAAUCUUCGAAGUUGGAGAAAAGGUCGUGGUAAGGCAUACGCGCAUCUUCACACUUUUGACUUGGGCUGGGCUGACAGCUUCCACACUAACGGACUACUCGCACGCGGACUACAUACCGAUCCUGGACGAACAAUUGACAUUUAAACGGAAGAAAUUCAACAUUUCUAGUUGCUACAAUUCAGAGGCAAGCUUUUCAAAGCAACAAGGAAACAAUUUGCCUGUGGAUGGAAAUGAUGUUUUUAACAUGUUAAAAACUAUUUCCACCCAACUACAAGAAUUGUCUUCAAGAGUUGAUCAUAUGGAAAGGAAGAAGGACAGAUUUUUGAAAGAAAAUAUAAUUCAAAAAAGCGAAGAAAUGGCCCAACAAAAAACCGUCCGUGAAUGUAAGGUGCUAAUUCGGAAAGUUCACCAAUCAGUAUGCCGACUGACUGGCGAAGAAAUCGACAACACACAAACAGAAAUUGCUUCCACCCUACCAUUAAUAACACUAGCUGCAGCUUUGGAAAUGGAAGAAAAACUUAAAUGCGAAGAAUUUGCUACAGCAACGAAACAGUUUGUUUUAAGGAUGAAAGGCAGUUCCGACAGUGACAGUGUGCAUCUGUUGUUUCUGUUGUCCAACAUAUUAUAUGAUUCUUUCAUCACUUGUGGACUUGCAAAUUUCGAGCAACAAAUGCGGAAGUCCAUCGAAAUGAGCCACCAUAGAUUUAAGCAAAAAAAAUAUAGAAUGCGAAAAGCUGAAUAA